CCGCUGCAGCCUGUAGGAGCGGUCGGUUCCUCCCAGCAGCCUCACAGUUCAGAGGGAAAGCUUUUCUUCUCACAGCAGCAGAGGGGAUUUUUCUGACUGCACACGCCGGAUAUUCAUCACAUUAAAAAACACACUCACGACUGAAAGCGGACACUUUCCCGGGUCGUGUAUCCCUCCACGUCCCACCUCUCCGAUUUUCGCCGUCGUUGCUUUUUUUUUCUUUUUCAUUUAUAUAUAUAUUUUCUCUUGUACGUGGUUUCCCUCCUGAGAGUAUCUCUGUGGCGCACUCAGGUUUCUGUAGCUGACAUGGUAGAUUAUCACGCUGCUAAUAAUCAAUCCUCGACCGGGGGUGUGCAGACAUACAUGGAGCAAGAGAAUGAUUGGGACCGGGACCUGCUCCUGGACCCGGCUUGGGAGAAACAGCAGAGGAAGACAUUCACAGCGUGGUGUAACUCCCACCUGCGGAAGUCAGGCACUCAGAUCGAAAACAUAGAGGAGGACUUCAGGGAUGGGCUCAAACUCAUGCUGCUGCUGGAGGUCAUCUCAGGCGAGAGGUUAGCCAAGCCAGAGCGAGGUAAGAUGAGGGUCCACAAGAUCAACAACGUUAACAAAGCCCUGGACUUCAUCGCCAGCAAAGGAGUCAAACUGGUCUCCAUUGGUGCAGAGGAAAUCGUGGACGGAAACGCCAAGAUGACCCUGGGAAUGAUCUGGACCAUCAUCCUCCGCUUCGCCAUCCAGGACAUCUCUGUAGAAGAGACCUCUGCGAAGGAGGGUCUUCUCUUGUGGUGCCAGAGGAAGACCGCUCCCUACAAGAAUGUCAACGUGCAGAACUUCCACAUUAGCUGGAAGGACGGUCUCGCCUUCAACGCUCUGAUCCACAGACACAGACCUGACCUAAUCGAUUACGACAGCCUCAGAAAGGACGACCCAGUGACCAAUCUGAACAACGCCUUUGAGGUGGCUGAGAAACACCUGGACAUCCCCAAGAUGUUGGACGCAGAAGACAUUGUGAACACUGCUCGUCCAGAUGAGAAAGCCAUAAUGACUUAUGUGUCCAGUUUCUACCAUGCCUUCUCUGGAGCACAGAAGGCUGAGACAGCCGCGAAUCGUAUCUGCAAAGUGCUGGCCGUCAACCAGGAGAACGAGCAAAUGAUGGAGGACUACGAGAAACUGGCCAGUGAGCUGCUGGAGUGGAUCCGUCGGACCAUCCCCUGGCUGGAGAAUCGAACCCAGGAGAAGACCGUAAAUGACAUGCAGGCGAAACAGGAGGACUUCAGAGACUACCGCUGCGUCCACAAACCACCCAAGGUCCAAGAGAAAUGCCAGCUGGAGAUCAGCUUCAACACUCUGCAGACUAAACUGAGACUCAGCAACAGACCUGCCUUCAUGCCAUCAGAGGGACGCAUGGUGUCUGAUAUCAAUGGAGCAUGGCACUCUCUGGAGGGAGCAGAAAAAGGCUACGAGGAGUGGAUCCUCAGCGAGAUCAGACGUCUGGAGAGACUGGAACAUUUGGCCGAGAAGUUCCACCAGAAGGCCGCCAUCCAUGAAUCCUGGACCGAUGGUAAGGAGGCCAUGCUGACCCAGAAGGACUACGAGACCUGCACCCUGUCAGAAGUCAAGGCGUUGCUACGGAAACACGAGGCCUUUGAGAGCGACCUGGCGGCCCAUCAGGACCGAGUGGAGCAGAUCGCCGCCAUCGCACAGGAACUUUACUCGCUGUCAUACGCCGACUCUGCCAGCGUCAACGCUCGCUGUCAGAAGAUCUGUGAUCAGUGGGACUCCCUGGGAACACUCACCCAGAGCCGCAAAGAGUCACUGGAGAGGACAGAGAAGCAGCUUGAGUCGAUAGAUGAGCUUUACCUGGAGUACGCCAAGAGAGCAGCGCCCUUCAACAACUGGAUGGAGGGGGCGAUGGAGGACCUGCAGGACAUGUUCAUCGUCCACAAUAUUGAGGAGAUCCAGGGUCUGAUCACAGCCCACGAGCAGUUCAAGUCCACCCUGGCGGAGGCCAACAAGGAGCGGGAGGCCAUCCAGGCCAUCCAGGCUGAGGUGCAGAAGAUCGCCCAGAGCAACGGCAUCAAGCUGAGUGGAGCUAACCCCUACACCACCAUCACACCUGAGAGCAUCGACAACAAAUGGGAGAAGGCGAUGGACAUGGUGCCGCUGCGUGAUAACGCGCUACAGGAUGAGCUGAACAAGCAGAACUCCAACGACAGUCUGAGAGCCAAGUUCGCCACUCAGGCCAACACGGUUGGCGCCUAUAUACAGGCCAAAAUGGAGGAAAUUGGCAGGAUAUCCAUUGAAAUGAACGGCACUCUGGAGGACCAGCUGACCAACCUGAAGGAUUACCAGACGACCAUCUUGUCUUACAUGCCUGAAAUUAACACGCUGGAGGGGUCCCAUCAGCUCAUCCAGGAGGCCCUCAUCUUCGAUAACCAAUACACUUCCUACACAAUGGAGCACCUCCGUGUGGGUUGGGAGCAGCUGCUGACCACCAUCGCCAGAACCAUCAACGAGGUGGAGAACCAGAUCCUGACGCGUGACGCCAAGGGCAUCAGCCAGGAGCAGCUCUACGAGUACCGCGCCUCCUUCAACCACUUUGACAAGGAUCACAGUGGGGCACUGAUGGCCGAGGAGUUCAAGGCCUGUUUGAUCAGUCUGGGCUACGAUGUGGAGAACGACCCACAGAAGCGAUCAGGACAGAUGGUCUCAGAAGAUUUCCGGGCUCUACUCAUUUCUACAGGAAACAGCCUGGGAGACAGCGAGUUUGCUCGCAUCAUGAGCAUAGUGGACCCCAACGGCAGCGGCGCCGUCACCUUCCAGGCCUUCAUUGACUUCAUGUCCAGGGAAACGACCGACACAGACUCCGCAGACCAGGUCAUCGCCUCCUUCAAGAUCCUGGCCGCUGAUAAGAACUUCAUCACGGCCGAUGAGCUGAGGAGGGAGCUCCCCCCCGACCAGGCGGAGUACUGCAUCGCCCGCAUGGCGCCCUACACAGGGCCCGACGCCAUCCCCGGAGCCCUCGACUACAUGUCCUUCUCCACCGCCCUGUACGGAGAGAGCGACCUGUAGACGAGGACUGGACAGACGAGGGAGGGAGGGAGAGGAGAAAGAGGAGGGAGGUAGAGUUAUUUUUUGCGUAGAGAAGAAGCCAGGAAUCGAGCGUUUGGAAGAAUUUGAUUGGUGGUUGUGAGGUGUCCCUGCGUGUGCCGGUUUAGAAAUGUUUAAGACUCUGAGCUUGUUGAUUGAACUGUAGUUAGGUUUGGCCUGUCGAAAGUGUUCCAGCUCCGUUGUGUCGUGAACAGAUCAAGAAUUUGUUGUAAAAGGUUUUUUAUGAACGGGCAUAUCCAGGGGCAGCUGUGGGACGGGGACAGUUGCUCUGUAGUGCGGGUCCUUAGCUUCACCCUCUCUGCCUUUUUGGGGUUAAACUGGGGAGGGAUGAGGGAGGGGGGGGGGCACAAGCUAAUCUGAUACUUAUGCUAAUUUUUGUUUAUUUUAUUAUAAUUUCUUUCUUCUUGCCAGGGGGGUUCAGGGUGUAAGGGGGGGCAGGGUGGUGUGGGUUUGACGUGGCCACUGGCGAGGUUUGUGUAUUAGAUCCUAGAGAAAUAUAUGCUGCGGGGUAAGGGGUCGUGAGGGUGGUGUUGACCAACCAGAGAUAACAUGACAUAUUUACCCAUAAUUCCCAUGUUGCUGGAUAAAGUGACCUGUCUAAUCUCAGCUCUUUUCCUCCUCCUGUCUUUGAUAAUUUCUUGUUUUUGUUUAUUUUCUGGAGCUGGUGGGUGGUGGGGUGUGGUCGGGUGGGGACUGGUCGGUGCAGGUGGGAGGGUGGAGCUCAGCGCUGUACAUACUUUUUUUCUUUCAGUGCGAAUAAUGUCAUACACAGUCCCAGUUGUUGAGAAUAAUUGAUCGCAGGCUUUCCAGUAGGGCAAAGUAGAGUGACAUUUAUUAAAAAACUAAAAUGACAAAACGCCAAUGAUAGUAACACAGAGAGAGCAGUUUCACCAGUGGAUAGGUUUGAGCUUCCAGAAGUCUUUUUCUUCAGGUUUUUUUUCUUUUCGCAAUGGAAAAAACUCAUGGAAAAAGUUGGUAGCCAUGAAGUUGAGCCUUGUGUACCUAAAGGCCUUCUCCUGUAUAAAUCCCAUGACAGGCAUCACCAUAAUUAUCAACAAAUAUUUGCUUCUGUGAAACUAUUCUCCUCCUGGGGUGGGCUAUAGGUGCUUAUUUAAAUACAAAAACUAUACAUUUAUAUGAUAGGUAAGAUUGUAGUAGUCAAAGUUAGUCCAGUUUUAUAUACCAGAAAUCGCACACAUGCAGAAAUAUAUACACAUCAUUUCAUGGAUGCAUUUGAUUGGCUGAAUGAAGGUUUUUUGCACUUCCUGGAUUUUUUAGAGCUACCAUAGUAACGCGCUGUGGAGCUCCCCCGGUGACUUUUGGAAAAAUGGUGGAAGUAAUAAAAUAAAACAAAAUAAAUGUGCCUAUUGGUGGCUACAGCCCUGUCCCUCUCGCUCUCUCUUACACUCUCCCACAUCUUCCCUGUUCUCUCCCCCAUCCCUACAUCCUCUUAUUUGUCUCUGAAGAAAAGGGAAAGAAAAUUUACCGCAAGGAAGGAGGGAGUGGAAAGAUUGGGGAGGGGUCUUUAUGUAAACAUUCCAUUAUGUGCAAAUAAAAAAUAUUAGAAAAAGGAAAUUGUCAUGUGAAAAAAAUAAAAACUAUGCAAUCAUAAUGUGUUGAAUAUCUGAGCUCUGGGGAAAGUUGUGGGCUUCAAUCAGGCCCUUUCUGAGAAAGUUCUGUGUCUAAAUUAAAUGGAGGAUAACAGAUUUCUCCAGUGUAUGUUGGUUUACGGGAGAGAGGAGGGGGAGACUGAGGGAGGGGCAGACAGGGAAGGAACGGAGAAGAAAAGACUCGGACCAAAAGCUUGUUUCUUUUUUUCUUUCUCUUUUUUUCCCUGCGAGGUUGGAGAGAAAUGAACUCUGGAAUUGUGAUUUUCCUUUUUUUGUACUCUUUAAUAUCAAACCUUAUCUGCUGUACUGGAAACUGCAACGCCUUCUGUCUCUAAUGAUAAGUGAGUUUCACAAAGCACACAUAAAAGUUUCCUUACAAAAUA